AUGGUGAACUUACAGAGACAAAGGAAGAAGAUAGAGGAGAAGCACGAGUUGGAGGAGGAAAUUGGCGGCUCUGAGAAUGUAAGGACUCCCAAUUACUUGGUGGAAGUUUCUGAUAUAUCAUAUAUCAUUCUUUUUGUGCAGCAAAGGAUAGUUCUGAAGAUUGAUAUGAGCGAGAAUGAGAAAGCAAUAAAGAAAGCUAUGAAACUCGCGUCAGGAGCAUCAGGUGUGAGAUCUGUCGGGAUUCAGGGACAGAACGAUCAGUUGGUUGUUGUGGGAGCGGGAAUUGACACGGCCGAGCUAACACGUCUGCUCCGGAAGAAAGUUUGUCCCACCACGUCCAUCGUCACCGUUCAGGCAGCACCGCCUCCACGGCCCCAGCAGCAGCAGCAGCAACCGCAGUUUCAUCUAAUGGAACAUCACAACGAGAUGGCUCCGGCUAGAAGAUGCAUAUGCGAGAUACCGAAUUCGGGUUUCUGCGGGUUUUGUAGACUACCCCCUUACCAGAUGGUAGCUCUGCCAUAUCCAGCUCCCGUGGUCUACCGUGAAGAAUCUGAUGGUUGCAGAAUCAUGUGAUGUGAAGCUUUCAACUUUGAGUUGAUGAUAUUUGUUUGAGUUUCUUUUUGUUUAUACAAGUUAAGACAUUUUAAAAUUCGUGGUGCUGUAAAUAUUGUGACAUGUGACAAUGGGACUAAAAAAAGAUUCAUUAAACCGCAGAAAAAAAGAAAGUAAAAUGUAAUGUUUCAUGAUCGAACUAUACUCAAACAAACUAU